GACGAAGUCCGGGCCAAUAGCAUGCGCUGGCUUGGCCUGGUGCCGGGCUGCCAACCGACCAGCCUGCCAGUCGGCCAGCCGGUCAGCCAGUCAGCCAACCAGCCACAUGUAACACAGUCGGAUCCAACCUGA